UUCCUCGGCUAUAAUAACUGUGACGUCCGUGGAAUGCAUUACAUUUUGCCAUUCAUAGGGAUGCAUUUUUACACCACUGUAACAAGAGUAGAGUUUUAGGUUUUUUGCUUCCUUUAAGAACAAUAUGAGCAGCGUCCUAGAUGCAGUCCAGAGCAACAGUGCCAGAAUAUUACAGUUGCUGAUAGCCAUCCCUGGUAGCAUAAGACAGAAGGAACUGGACCGGGCUCUUCUACAGGCAGCGAAGUUAGGAUAUCAUGAGUGUGCCUUGCAUCUGUUACAAGCAGGAGCUGAUCCUGAUUUCAGUGAUGCAAGUAGUAAUAGCCCUCUGAAGAUAUCUGUAGAAAAUGGGCACACACAGGUGGCCAAGGUUCUGAUAGCAGCAGAAUGUGAUAUCAAUAAGAGAACAAACAGUGGCUCAACAGCUCUUCAUUUUGCUGCAAGAUAUGGCAAAUGUGAUUCAGUCGAUCUUCUCCUUGCUGCCAAUGUAAAUCCUACAAUUCGAGAUUCUGCAGGAAAUACCCCCUUAAUUUCUGCUGCCAAAGCACAACAAGUCCCAGUCAUGAGACGGCUGCUGCAGGUAAAGUGUGCAAUAAAUGCCAAGAACAAGGAAGGGAUGACUGCAUUACACUAUGCAUGCCUCACAGGGAUGGGUGUGGAACUCCUCAUCAAUGCUGGUGCUGAUCUUAAUGUCAAAGAUACUGUUGGAAAUACUCCCAUUAUUAUUGCAGCCACAGAGGGACUGUGUAAGACAAUCAGAAAACUGUGCCUGGCCAACUGUGAUGUGAACCUGUGUAAUACUGAUCAGCAGAGGACUGCUCUUCAUUACAUGGCCAUGAAGGGACAUGUCGAAUGUGUUGAAGAGUUAUUAUAUGCUGGAGCCCAUCCAGAUAUCCCUGAUGCCGGUGGAUGUACACCAUUAUGGCAUGCUAUCAAUCGCAAUCAAAUCGGUGUAGCUAAACUACUGUUAAGGUCUAACUGUGGCUUUGGGUUUAAGAAUUACUCCUUUAAAUGCGAUACGAGCAUGUUGCAACUUGCUUUAGAAAAGGGACACCCAGAGAUUGUGAAAAUGCUUGUGAUUGCUGGCUGUGAUUCGCACCGUCUUGGAAUCUGGUUGGCUAAUGAGAAUAUUGAACAGGUAAUAAGAGAAAAUGUUGGGUUGUGGGAUUGGUUGCAAGAGAUGGCUGCCACCCCUAAUACCCUCAAGCAGCUGUGUCGUUUGUGUGUGCGUGAGGCGAUGAAUCAUGAAGUGAUUUGUAAAACUGAGCACCUCUUUCUACCUCAGGCAAUGAAAGACUACAUAGCCCUCAAAGAAUUAGAUGAUUACCAUUGAUAUUUGAUCUUUUGGUAGAAAAAGCAGUGUCGAACUUGAAGGGAUUCAUGGGAUGCCUGAAUCUCCAUAUGUAGUCAUUAAUCUGAAUUGCUCAGUUUUAUGAAUUCUAAUUUACACUUUGUGUAUGGGUAAAGAUGUUGAAUAUCCACUCUUUAGCAAGUGGGUCGUGAGAAACGGUAUCUGAAAAAGUAAUUUGUUGCUAAAUGCGGAGGUCUGUAAUAUUUGCUUACGUCUUCGAUCACAUGGUUAAUUGAUAAUGCUUCAUCCCAUUUAAUUUGAUGUUUUAUGUAAUUUGUUGUGUUCUAAAAAUAUUAUAGUUGAUGAAAUGUCUCCUGCAAAAUGUAAAAUGACAUUAUGAGAUAACUUGUGAUAAUUAAUUAAGGAUCUUUAAUUAGAGAGAUUCAUUUCAUACAGUUCUGUGCUUGAGAGGCAUAAAUAUUCUCUUUAACUUCAUGGGGCUGAUGGAUUACAUGUACACUAGUGCAUUUGAUUUGGUCUUAAAGUGCAAUUUAAGAUCACAAAUGAUCUUACACGAUCUUAAUCAUUACAGCAAUAGUCUUAAA